CUCUCUUCUCCUCCGUGUUGUGCCUCCCUCUCUCCUGGUCACAGUUCCACAGUAACAUGCCGUUCCUCGAGCUCCGGUCUAAUUUGCCGCCUGGCUCUUUCUCGGAGGAUUUCGUGAAGAAGCUGAGCGCGUGCGCCGCCGCUUCUUUGGGGAAACCCGAGGAGGUGAGUUUACCUGCGAACAACCUUUGACCUCGGGGGCCUUUUUUGACCUUCUUUUAUGUUGGAGUCUAUGGUAGUGGUGCAGUUUUGUGUUUGUGUGUAUGUGCGUGUAGAGAAGCACGAACUUUAACCCUUCAAAUCAGAGUUUACCUGUAACAUGACUUUAUCUGAUUCUGUACUAAUACUGCAAUCUUAUUGGUCCGCUUACCGCUGCGCCCCUGACUUCUCCACUCUGAUUGGCUGGAAGUAUAGCGCCAGUAUAGGAGCAUUUUACCACGAUUCUGUACCUAAGUAUUAACUUGGUAAAUAUUGAAAUUAUUUGAAUUUCCCCCUCAGAGGUGUGCAUUAAUAGAUUCACUUCAGAGUUAGAACAGCACAUCUGAUAAGAGAAAAUCUGACAUUUUUAACUGUAUACAUUUGGAUUUCAUAUGUAAUGCUUGUUUUUCCCCACCUUAUUAUUAAAUGAGCCUGAAUACUUGAUUUAAUGUCAUUAACAUUUUAAAUUUGAAACUAAUGUUUUGUGACUGAAUGUCUUCUUAUCAUCUGCUCAGCAUCUCCAUUUUUUUUUCUGUGACUCUUAAUUUACAGUUUAAGCUGCAUUCAAGUCAGAAAAUGGUGAUCUAGAAGAAGCAGAGAGCAGCCAAUGUUGGAAAAUUCUCAAAAAAAGAUUAAUGUGUUGCUCAGAGCUUGUAUGAGGUUCACUGAAUGUCCUUUGUGUUACAUCCAUGUUGUUCUUGCCUUUCUUCGAUGGCUGUGUCCCCCUCCCAGAGGAUGAACGUGGUGGUGCAGCCGGGCUGUCCCAUGCUGAUCUCCGGCUCCACCUCACCCUGUGUGAUGCUGACGGUGUCUGCAAUCGCUGUGACUGACACUGCCGACAAGAACAAGGAGCACAGUGCCAAGAUCUUUGAGUUUCUGACCAGAGAGCUCAGUCUGACGGAGGACAGGUGAGCUUGCAGGUGGUCUGGAUGAUUCUGUGACAACAUGACUAGUCUGUGAUGAAAAAGGUCUUUAAAAGCUCUAAUAGGUCAGGUCUCCUCUGUGGUGUACAGAUUUAUUGUAGUCCCCCCCCCCCCCCCCCACACACACACACACACACAUUUGCUCCAGGACAGAGUUCUCCUGUGCUUCACCUAUUUCCACCUGUGGUUAUUAUCAUCAUUAUUAUUAUAAUCAUUAUUCAGCGCUUUGGAGCUUAAAUCCCAGGGUAUGAGGUUCAGGUGGUUUCAAAAUGUGUAGGAUAGAAGCUCAGCUUCCAGGCACGAGUUCAGUUAAAGUCUUAUCAUGUGGAGUUUCUUUAGUUAUCACAGAGACUAUUAUAUCAGAGUCACAUGGUCUCUGUUGCAAGCUUACAGUCUGCUCUGUUUGUGUCUGCACACUCACACUGUCAGACUCAUUUACAGAUAGCCCCCAAAAAACACACAGGUUUGGAUUAUUGCAGCAUUUAUCUUAGUGCCUUCUGUCCACAAGAGGGCAAACUAGUAUAACCACUGAUCACUGGUCAUACAGGCUAGAGUGAGCGUACCACCAAAGUAUCAUGUCUGGCUCUUCUGUCAGACUGAUUUAACAGAGGAGACAAUGAAUAUACAUGAAUGUAUGUGUGUGUGCGUGCGUGUGUGUGUAUACACUGCUCAAAAAAAUUAAAGGAACACUUCUUUUAUUGGGCCUGGCAUAAGCUCAAUUAAACCUGUCUGAUAAUUAUCUGUUUGGUGAGGCAGCAGAGGGCAUUGUUAAUCACUUUCAGCUGUGUUGGUGUUGAUUGAAUUAACAACAGGUGCACUACAGUGGCAACAAUGAGAAAACCCCCAAAACAGGACUGGUUUUACAUGUGGAGGUCAUUUCAAGUUUCUCCCUCUUGAUCUUUUUUGGCUGGUUUUCCACUAGUGCUGUUUUUGGCUUGAGUCAUUAUCACUACUGGCAGUAUAAGGCGAUUCCUUAACCCUACAGAAGCUGCACAGGUUUUCCAACUCCUCCAGGAUGGCACAUCCACAUGUGCUGUAGCAAGAAGAUUUAAUGUGUCUCCCAGCACAAUCUCUGGAACAUGGAGGAGAUUUCAGGAGACUGGCAGUUAUUGUAGGAGAGCUGGACAGGGCCGUAGAAGGUCCUCAACCCUGCUCCUUUGUGCAAGGCGGAACAGGCUGAGCACUGCACAGAAUGACCUCCAGUGGGCCACUGGGUUGAAUGUCUCUGCCCAAAAACUCAGGAAUAGACUUCAUGAAGGUGGCCUGAGGGCCCGGUGUCCUGUAGAGGGCCCUGUGCUUACUGCCCAGCACCGUGGAGCUCCACUGGCAUUUGCUUGAGAACACCAGAAUUGGCAAGUCCGCCACUGGCGCGCUGUACUUUUUACAGACGAGAGCAGGUUCACCCUGAGCACUUGUGAUAGACGUGAAAGAGUCUGGAGAAGACAACGAGAACGUUAUGCUGCCUGCAACAUCGUUCAACAUGACAGGUUUGGUGGUGGGUCAGUGGUGGUCUGCGGAGGCAUAUCCAUGGAGGGACGCACAGACCUCUAUUGGCUAGAAAAUGGUAGUCUGACUGCCAUUUGGUAUUGAGAUGAAAUCCUUGAACCCAUUGUCAGAGACCCUACGCUGGUGCAGUAGGUCCUGGUUUCCUCCUAAUGCAUGACAAUGCCUGGCCUCAUGUGGCAAGAGUAUGCAGACAGUACCUGGAGGAUGAAGGAAUUGAUACAAUUGAAUGGCCUUCACGAUCCCCUGACUUAAACCCAAUAUAGCACCUCUGGGACAUGUUUUGGUCCAUUAGGCACCGCCAGGUUGCUCCUCAGACUUUACAGCAGCUCAGGGAUGCCCUUACACAGAUCUGGGAGGACAUGCCACAAGACACCAUCCGUAGUCUCAUUAGGAGCAUGCCGCGACGUUGUCAAGCAUGCAUACAAGCACGUGGGGGCCACACAAGAUAUUGAGAAGCAUUUUGAGUUGCAGAAAUGAAGUUUUGAAAAAAUGGACUAGCCUGCCACAUCAUUAUUUCACUCAGAUUUUUGUGGUGUCUACACAAUUAAGCUCUCUGUAGGCUGAAAACUUUUAUUUUCAUUAAAGAACUUUAAAAAAAACAUCCUUUUGUUCCAAAGGCAUUGCCCUGUCGUUAUCUGUAUAGAUAUGUAACUUCACAUUGAGAUCUGAUGUAUCUGAUGUGUUUCUUUAAAGUGUUCCUUUAAUUUUUUUGAGCAGUUAUAUAUAUAUAUGUAUGUAUGUAUGUGUAUAGUUAUUAAGAUGACAGUUUACUUAUUGUUUUUGUUUUUUUUUCUCAAAUUUUACUCGCAGAGCUUCCUCUUUAUUUGUUGAGGUUAUUGUGGGGGGGCUUUAUUUCCUGCCCAGACCACUGCGAUAAGGACUCUUUUGUCCAAAGUGAUGUACAUUUAAAAUGGAGUUUUUAGAAUGUUUGGACCAAUUAUGGGAAUGUGAUCAAGUGCAUUUCAGUCUGUUUCUAUAAUCUGUGAAGAACCGCCCACUGUAAAUGAUUGACAGCUGUGUUUGUUGUGAUUGUCAGGGUGGUGAUUGUGUUCCACGCCCUGCAGCCUCAUCAGGUCGGCAAGAAGGGGACUGUUAUGAGCUUCCUGUGAAGGAUGGUGGCAGCAUCUCUGACACACUCACAUUCCUAACAGAUGAGGACAAAGGACAGAUCAGUUUAUAGUUAAUCACAUUCUGACAUGAAGAUGUGUGUUUUACACUCCCUUAACCAUGAUGUCCUCACAUUCUGUUAAUGAUCCACUUCUAAUGAUUAAAGACCUGAUGGAUUUAUUUUGAAAU